AUGGCGGGCCGGGGGAAGCUGAUUGCGGUGAUCGGAGACGAGGACACGGUGACCGGCUUCCUGCUGGGCGGCAUCGGGGAGCUGAACAAGAACCGCCACCCCAACUUCCUGGUGGUGGAGAAGGACACCACCGUCAAUGAGAUCGAAGACACUUUCCGGCAGUUUCUAAACCGGGAUGACAUCGGCAUCAUCCUCAUCAACCAGUACAUCGCAGAGAUGGUGCGGCACGCGCUUGACGCCCACCAGCGCUCCAUUCCGGCCGUUCUUGAGAUUCCGUCCAAGGAGCACCCCUAUGAUGCUGCCAAGGACUCCAUCCUACGAAGGGCCAAGGGCAUGUUCACGGCCGAAGACCUGCGCUAA